UUUUGCAGAGGGAAAUCCGCGUCUGACUGGCACGCUGCAAAGCCGUGACGCAAUCCACGCUCCGCUGCUGCAACAUAAUAAAAUAUGAAUCGCCGGUGCGUCGAUGGUCGGAGCGCUCCGUGGGAAGGAAGGGGGUGUGGCGCCAACUAACCUAGUCGUUCACCAAAACAAUGCACGCCCGUGAUCUGUGCCAGUGGGGCGUUUAGUAAAGCCCGGAACCAGGAGCCAGGUGUGACCAGGCAGCCCUCAGCAGUCUCCUCUCCUCUGCAGGCUGCAGGGGCAGAAGGCGCUCCAAGCGGGGAAUCUCAGCGCAUUACGCAGAUUCUCAACCUUGAUGCAGAAGAACCGAGCGGUCUGAGGAGGAAGGGGGUCCGAUAAGAGUAAGGCUCAUUCCCACCCAGAUCCAUGGACAAGCUUUCAGUGCAGAUUCCCUCUCAUAAGGAGAGUGAAUGCCUCUAAGACAUAAAGGCUGUGAGCCCUGUGAAGGGGGAUGAUGAGCAGUCAGGGCAGCAGCAGAAAGGGAAGUGGCCAGCAUGCUGACACUCCUCUUCGUCAGGCACCAGGACCCAAACUGCAGGUGCAGCGUUCCCACUCUCGCGACACUAUCACCAUUCACUUUUCUGCUCUGGGAAAGGAGGAGGAAGAUGAGGAAGAGGAGCUCUAUAGUUUAUCUGUUGGAUGUGAAGCAGGAGCUCAAAGCCAACCCACCAGGACUGAUGAGCAAUGUGCGGCAAAAGGCUUUGAGGCAAAGGUGGAGAAAGGGUUUGAAACUGUGGAGGAGGAGAUCUCAGCAGCUCAUGUACCUGCUGCCUCUGCUCUCCUGCCUGAGCAGCCUUUGGAUUCACAUCCACAAACAUCUUCUUUUGCAAUUACUGCUAAUCCAGUUUCAGCCCACUCCCACCUGAGCUCCCCUCCUCCUGCCAGCUCCUCCGGGCCAUCAGAUCACCCAACCCAACCACCCCUGAUUAGUUCCGCUUCUUCUUCUCCUUGUAAGUCUGCAGCCCUCUCCUCCUCCAAGCCUUUUCUCAGCCUUGUUAGAUCUUUGUCAAAUGAUGUCGAAUCUCGAGAAACUGCUCCUGUAAUCGUACCCCCACAUGCCCGACACAGACACUUAAUGAAAUCGUUUGUUAAGUCUCUCUCGAUGGACACUUCAAAGGGUGAACAUCAGGAAGGGCCUCUUCAACACCCUCCUCAGCACCAGCAGAUACAGCCAACCCACCGCGCUCCGCCUCGUAACAUGCAGCUUUUCAAGCAGUUCUCUCAGCCUCGCUUGUCCUCCUGCCCCGUUGCAGUCACUCAAGCAGGUGGAGACUCCAAAACAGCCCCCUCUUCUCCUAUUAUGUCUCCAGAUGGGAGAUCUUUCUUCAAGGUCCAGGAGGUGGAGGCCAGGAUAGAGGAUACCAAGAGGCGGUUAUCGGAGGUGAUGUCGGACCCUUUGCAGCUUUUUAGUAAAAUUAUGGGGGAUGAGUCUGGUGUGGGAGCUGCUGGGAGUGCAGCCCAUCGGGCUAAAUCCCUCUCAUCCAGUGCAUCAGAGCUCAGUGGAGUAACUGCCGUAAACGGGCACACAGAAGCUAACAACAACUAUAGCAUCAAAGAAGAGGGCGCCGAAGGGGAAGAAGAAGAGGAGACUCCUACGGAAAAGGGCCCCGACUCGUCCUUUUUCUCUUUCCCAUCACUUUCACUCGCACCAGCUCUUACCCAGGCUUCUUCAUCCACCCUCCACAGGUCUCCUUCUCUCACUCUGGGACGCUGUUCCAUGUCAGCCCUCGUGGCUCGACAGGAAGACGAGGACUUCUGUGAACUCUACAGCGAGGACUUUGAGUUGUGUACAGAUACCGAGACACCAGAAGGUGAACAAUCCAUGUUGCAGCAGCCCCAUACUGGAAGCACUGGCUUGGGCAGGGAACUGGACGUAGAGGAUGGGAGACCUGAGGAAGAAAUGGAAAAUGUGCCUGUGGUUGGCCUCGUCUUCUUAACACAGUUGUUGUAUUGUUACUUCGUCCUUCCAGUGCCUCCAUGUGUUUGUUCUGUGCUGCAUGGGAUAGCUGUUGGGUUUAUUCUUGCUCUGCUGGUUCUUUGGCUCUCUGCUCCUCGGUGCUCCUCCUUAGUGACCAGAACAGGGAGAUGGAGGAAAGACCAGCGGAAUAUUUCCCAGCUGGAUGUAAAAGAACCAGGAAUAUUCAAGGGUUGGAUGAAUGAGAUCCACAGCUAUGACCCAGAGAUGUACCAUGCCACCCUGACCCACUCCAUUUAUGUCCGCUUAGAGGGCUCCGUCCUGCGUCUGUCCAAGCCCAACAGGAACAUCUCCCGCCGUGCCGCACACAACGAGCCAAAACCCGACGUCACUUACAUCAGCCAGAAGAUCUACGACCUGACGGACAGCAGGAUCUACCUGAUGCCCCAGAGUUUGGCGAGGAAGAGGGUUUGGAACAAGAAGUACCCUAUUUGCAUUGAGCUGGCCAAGCAGGAGGACUUCAUGUCUAAGGUGGAGGGAGAGCGAUCUGAAGCUGGGGAGGAGAGGACUACUGGGGUGGGUGAGAUGCUUGAACGAACUGAUAAAGCUGAAAGACCUGAAGGUCUCUCAUCAGCGGAGGAGCAGAGAAGACCGACCGCCGGAGGAGGGGAUCUGACAAUCUACUUGUUCGGGAGGACCGGUCGAGAAAAGGAGGAAUGGUUUCGGAGGUUUCUCCAGGCAUCCCAGAUGAAGUCAGAGGGAAGAGGCAGCAGUCUGUCCAGCAUUUGCAAGAGUGCCUUCCUGUCCACUCAGAGCCGCAGUGGCAGCAUCCAGUCGGGUGGAGCCCCGGAGGCUGACAGCAGGGGCAGCAGCAGGGGAAGCCAGGAGGAGUUGUCUCAGCCUCGGCACAGAGAGACCCCUGCCUCUCUCUAUGGGGGCUCAGCCGGAGGGAUGAAGCAGAAGAUGCUGUUGGACUAUAAUGUGUACAUGGCCAAAUACGUUAACCCUCAGGCUCCUCCUGGAAGCCCGAGUGCCGCCGACAGCCCCGUGCAGAGUCCUGAGAGCAGCCCUAAAACCACCAAAAAGCUACCCAAGAGUACGGAGGAGGCUGCAGAGCCCGAAGCCUGGGUCAAUGCCUUUCUGGGAAGGAUAUUCUGGGACUUCUUGCGAGAGAAGUACUGGGCCGACGUCGUCUCCAAAAAGAUCCAAAUGAAGCUCAGCAAAAUCCGGCUUCCAUAUGUGAUGAAUGAACUGACUCUAACAGAGCUGGAUAUGGGGUUCUCAGUUCCUAAGAUCCUCCGUGCCUCCAAACCCUCAGUGGACCACCAAGGUCUCUGGUUUGAUCUAGACAUUUCCUACGCAGGCUCCUUUCUCAUGACCCUAGAAACCAAAUUAAACCUGGCUCGCCUUGGAAAAGAAGGCGAAGGGCUCGGGGAGCAUGGAAAAGAAUGGCCAAGGCCACGGACCUACUGUCUGGCCGACAGUGAUGAGGAGUCAUCCAGUGCUGGCUCAUCAGAUGAGGAGGAUCCCCCUGAACUGCUCAGUGACAAACCGAAUCUGCCUGCAUCAGAGGGCUAUGUAGGAGGCUACAGGCCCAGCAAGAUCAUGCGCUUUGUUGACAAGAUUGCCAAGUCCAAGUACUUCCAGAAGGCGACCGAGACUGAGUUCAUCAAGAAGAAGAUGGAGGAGGUGUCUAACACACCCAUCCUGCUCACUGUGGAGGUGCAGGAGUGCAGGGGGACGCUGGCUGUCAACAUCCCUCCUCCCCCUACGGACAGGAUAUGGUACGGUUUUCGAAGUCCUCCACACCUGGAGCUGAAAGCACGACCCAAACUGGGCGAGAGGGAGGUCACUCUGGUUCACGUAACGGAGUGGAUCGAGAAGAAGUUAGAUCAGGAGUUCCAGAAAAUAUUUGUAAUGCCAAACAUGGAUGACAUAUGGUUACCUAUAAUGCAUUCUGCCAUGGAUUUGCGCUCCAAUGCCAACUUGACUGUGACAACCGAUGCCUUGAAAGAUCCAGAGCCGGAGGAGUCUGAGGUCUCCGAUACGUGAGAGGUGCUCUUCUAAAAGCAUCAGUCAGUGACUAAAGAUUCAGCCACAGCCAUGCUCUACGGUCAUUUUCUCUCUCUUUCAGUGUCAUUGUUUUGAUAGACUGUUAGCAGUCAAAACAAUGCCCCCCAAAAUAGCUGGAAAACACAAGCAAUUUGGUCAGCUCUCUCUUACUUUUUAAAUCAAUCAAAGCAAGAGGAUGAAAGACAAAUGUGACUCAUCUGAUUUCACUCUUUAUUUUAGUUAUCUGGCAUUUGAUAUUGGUUCAGUCUGAUCAAACACAGUUCAUGGGUUGAGAUGGACUACAGCAUCCUCCGCUGAUUCUUGCACCUAAACGAAGCAAAAAGCCUUAGGAUAAAUGUAUUGGUUAGUGCAGUUCUAUGAUCUUACAGUAAAAACAUUCAGAAAAUGCAAAAGUUAAUUUGAGUUAAUUUGUUUAGAGGAGUUAAAACAAUCUUGCAGAAUCAUUGGUGCCUUUUUAUUUAUGAUUUAUUUAUGAUUUAUUUAAGCCAAUUAAUGUUCAGACAGCGAUUACAUAGAGGCGUAUGGUUAUUGCUUUAUAUGAAAAUAUGACUCAAAACAGGUCUGUGUAUUAUACGUUUUUUCAAGAUGAGAAAAAACAGGAAAACAUACCAUUCUUAAAAUAGAUGAUUAGUCGAUAUCUACAAUCAGAGCUAAAUCUAAGAACAGCAGGAACUGUAACAGGGAAGGAUGGAUGAGGAUCUUUAUUUUCUUUUCAGCGCACAUAUGGAGAAAGAUUGUAAGGGAAGUAAAAAAAACUAGAAAACGGAUUAAAAGCUGCAAGAAAUAGAGGCAUCUUAAAGUGGUCAAACAUUUGUUCCGGAAAAGUCAUACAUGGUGACAAAAUGAUGGCUUGUAGUAUUGACAGAGAAACAAUAAAUAGUUGUUGUCCUCUUUUUUUUGUGAUUUAGCAUUACUGCAAUAAAAGAUUAAAUAAUUUGAUGUUUUUCAUCAGUCCCAGUAAUAGUUGAGGGUGCUGUAACUCAGCAAAAAGCCAUUCUGAUUCCUGCGUCAGCUAGAGGAACCAUAAUACCUGUGAUGUGUAGCUGUACCUAACAUGAUAGCUGGACAGUGUUUACUAUUUCUGUGAAGUUGAUCAUGAGUGUCUCAUUGUUGCUGUUAUGAGGAUUAGCUAAAGCUGAGGCCACUGUUGAAAGAAGACUGUAAAAAAA